AUGCAUUCCACCAUUCCUCCCUGGGCUCGCACCCCUCCUUCUCCUCCACAACAGCACGAUAACUCAACACCAGAACGCAUGGAGAACACAAAGAAGCCCCGCCAUCGCCAUACUCCCUUUCAGCUCGCCCGCCUCAACGAGCUCUUUGAGAGAACCGAGCAUCCGUCACUUGAGGAACGCACCAAUUUGGCCGAGCAACUUGGCAUGGAGACAAAGACUGUAAAUUCGUGGUUCCAAAAUAAGCGUGCAUCCUCAAAGAAGCGCCAUAAACUUCCUUCCGUAGCAGGACAAUGCGAACUCCCGCCUAUAUCUACGCUCCUCGCUUCGGUCUCUCCAUCAGCUCCAUUACGUCCUCCUUCGGAGUACGACGAGCUUUCUGAAGACGAACACUCAUCGCGUGCCACUCACUUCUCUACCUCUGACCACAAUCAGCAACAACAUACUCUUUUCUACACCGACAAUCCUCAGCAAAAGCAUCUCUUUGAGUCCGACAACACAAUGCCGCGCAAAGCUCGUUCUCGCCCUUCCCAUGCUCAGACCGAUGAACUUCGCAAAGUGUACGACGUCAACCAGCAUCCUUCCAAAGAGGAACGCGAGGAGCUCGGUCGCAAGAUCGGAAUGCGCUAUCAGAGCGUCACGAACUGGUUCCAGAACCAGCGUAGCAUUGCCAAGAAGCGCAAGGAAGAAGAGGAGACUCAAGCCGCCCUGGCUGCUGGUGCGAUAUCAUCCAAGGGCAGGACAUACACCUCCUUCCCUCCAGCAGCGGGUGCUGCCCAUCCCUCGCUCGCCGUCCCACCGUCAUCUGGUCAUCCAUCUCUCCCGCCUCUUACGGUUCCCCAUGUCCCUCGAGCUCGGAGAUCCGUCAGUGCAGCACCUGCUGCAAGCAGGCCCACGUCUCCUCGCGCUUCACCAUACCGUGCUGCUGCAGAUCGUGUGCUUGUGGCGACUCACCUACGCCCACGACGCACUCGACCGGAACCGCAUCAGCUCGAGGCCCUGAAAAAGCUGUUCCGGCGUACGGAGACACCGUCGAUCGAGGAGCGGGGCGCGCUCGCGCUCGAGAUCGGGAUGGAGGUGGGCAAGGUAACGAACUGGUUCCGGAACUUGCGGCAGACUGCGCGGCGGCGUGCGCAGAAGGGUGGGAGCGGCGAGGAGGACGAUGACUUCGAGAUGGACAUGGACAUGGAGCUCGACAACGUGAGCUUGGCGACGUACAACGACUCGCGCAGCGUCUCGCGCUCGGCUACCCCGUCGCAGCUCGCGACGUCCUCGGCUACGUCACUAGACGUACCGAUGGACUUGGAGGACGUGCGGGUGAAGGUCGAGCAGGCGGACAAGCACCGUAGGAUAUAUGCGCACGUACUGCAUGCACAUUCGAACUCGGAUAUGGGCAGCGAGGAGGAGUACCAGGAGGCGGUAACACCCGAGUCGUCGCCGCCUCCGUCUGCAUAUCCUCCCUCGGCACCUCGCAUCCGUGAGCUGCAGAUUGCAGUAGAUGCGUUGGCGUACGCGGAGACGGAGAAGGCCAGCACGCGAUUAGACACCGGCGUAAAGGUCGAGGACGCGUUGCUGCUAUUAAGUUUCCACCAGCAUGUUGCGUUAUCGCGCUAG